GCACCGGUAAAUGAGAAAUUCCACUGGGUAUAAAAACCCUCGGUGCUGAUCGCCGACCUGCGCAGACUGUAUCCACUUUUCCAAUCGGCAGCAGCACCAAGACACAAUUUCUGCACGCCAAAACCAAAACAAACGAACAAUGAAAGCAAUCCAGGUCGGGACUUUGACAGUGGCGGCGUUGGUGAUGGCCCUGGGCGGUCGUCACGAAGCCGCCGCCGACGGCGGUUACGGACACCCGCCGGCGCCACAUCCGGGCUACGACCACCACCAGCCCCACGUGGACAACGUGCACUACAACUACUACCACGCCCCACACGACUACCACGGCUCAGCUCACGUGAAUGUGGACAAGCACCCGGGAGGAUUCAAGUACGAGGUGAAUGUGGACAAGCACCCGGGAGGAUUCAAGUACGAGGUGAAAGAAGAAGGCAAGAGCCGCCCGUCGCACGGAUACCCACACCCGCACGGCGGCCCUGGCCCAUAUCAUCACGGGCCACCACCACCAUACUAAAUAAAUAACCCACACCGCCAUUUCUAUCCACUGCAGCCGAAAAAAAAAGAGAAGAACAACUCAUCCCACAGCAUGCAAAUACUAUAUAUUUUUUGACGGACCGACAAGUUUUUCUCUGCUGCUGCUGACAAACGCAUCAUCAGGGAUGAGACGAUCGAAAGCAUGAUGCGGUUUUUCCCGUAGUGACGAAAAUACGCGAGGUUAUUUUUUUCCUUUUUUUUUAAAUAAAAAGAAAGAAGUAGAAAUCA